UGAAAUGAUCUAAAUUUAAGGGAAGUUCAGAUAAGUAGGGAUAUUGAUAACGGGGAUUUUCCAAAGAGGGCUUCCUCCGCAAAUAUAUCGAUAACCGACGGUUCGCUGAGCGCCCCCGCCAGAUGUGCUUCUCGAUAGUUUAUUGGCCCACCCACUAACUGAUGUUGGAGCAAAUAAAAAGAAAAACCAAAUUACUUUCGUAGUGCAAAGCGAAACCAGAGUGAUCACGAUUGAUGCCGAGAUUCGAGGAGACUUGAUGUCUGCGCUAGCGCCGCCAAUGCCCUCAAUGAAGAACGCGCUCGGGCAGCCGGACAACUACAAUGGUUCCUCCACGGGAACUGGGACGUCGGAGGAGGAGGCGUCGUCCGCGUUCCACGCGGAGAUCGACCGCGUUCUGCGGAACAACAAUGGCAACAACCAGGGAAACGACGGCAGCAGCGGUAGUGGGAGUGCCAGUGCCUCCGGGUCCGGAUCCGGAUCCGGAGGUAGUGAGUCCAUGCUGUCGCUCGGCGGGAACAAUACGCACGAGGCUGCGCAGGCGUUCGGCAAUACGCUGGUGCUGCGCACCAUGAACCACGACAUGGCCAUGUCGAUGGGGAUGGGGAUGGGGAUGGGGCCGCCCAAGGGGCAGGUGAUGACCCCGAAUCACCGCAAGGUGUUCCAGUGCAAAGGUGAUCCCGUCAACGUGACGGCCAACGGUGAGGAUCUGCGCCUGUCCAAGAUCAUACGACGCCUGAGCAACGAGUCCAAUCCCGCUGUGGCCUUGGAGUUGUGCGCCAAACUGGACCAGGCCGUGCGCACGCCCAUCAACAUGGGCUACAUGUCCUGCUCGUUCGUGUGGAUCCUAGAGAACAUGCUCACCCUCUACAAGCAGUGCUCGCCCGCCGUUCUCGACGAGUGCAGCAAGACGCUCGGCCUGAUUGGCUACAUCAACCGCAAGUCGUACCCCAUAUACGAGGAGUUCAUCGUGAUGAACUACAGGAGCUGCCGGCGGAUGCAGCGGUACCUGAUCGUGGCCUUGCGCACCACUCUGAGCUGCGACACCAAGGGCGAGCUGCAUGUGUACGCCGACAAGAUCAUGCUGCUGCUGAAGGACUUCCUGGAGAAUGCCGAGAACGCGGACAGCUUCACCGCCGUCAGCAACACGCUGGUGCAGUUCUCGGCCAGCUAUCGGGAGGCCUUCGAGUGCCACUUCACCGACGUGGUGGACAUCAUCAUCGGUUGGCAGCUGGAGGCGGGCCAGCCGGCGCAGCUGCGGGCCCACUGUGCCCAGGUCCUGGAGCAGCUAACGCCGUACUUUAGCAAGCAGAUCGAGUUCAGCUACGGCCUGUUGGCCCAGUUCGUGGAGGACAUCACCGGGCUGGAGGAGGAGGAGCCGGCGGCAGUGGCGGAGCGAGUAGGCGCCCUUGUGGGCGCCUUCAACACACUGCUCAAGUGCCUGGCCCGCAUGCAGAUAUUCGUGGGCAUGCCCACGUGCGAAUGCAUCGUCCAGCUGGCCGUGGAUCACCUGACCAAGAUAAUGGUGCCGCACACGCACUCCGAUGCCCAUGUGAACAUCAACGAGCUGCUCUGCAUCUGCCUGCUAAACAACUUUGGGGGCUUGGAUCCGAGCACCUUGGAGCAGCUGCUGCUGGGUCAGAUCGAGCAGUUGGCCUGCCUGAGCGAAGCCCAUCGGCAGAGCGUUCUGUAUCUGCUGCUCUGCACGGUGCGACGGCUGCGGGCACGUCUGCCGCCCAGCCUCGUGCACCUGAUCUUCCAGUCCAGCUCGUAUCUGACAGAGGUGCGCCGCCAGACGCCGGGUGGCAUUGAAUUCAGGCUGCUGCUGCGUACCUGUCAAGAGACGCUGCUCAUCCGGAAUGUGCCCCUGCUGCAGCAGGCGUACAAGCACCUUGUGGACGACAUCGACGCCUGUCUGCUACAACUGCUCUCGACUUCACCACCAAUUGACGGCAUGCAGGAGCAGGAGGAGGCCAAACGGAGGGCCGACGAGGCGGGCGUGCUGCUCGUCUUCCACUUGGCCGCCCUGGCUGCCCUGGCCAAGCAGACCUCCUCGAUCAUCGGCAUGUACGCCUGCAAGCCCUCGAUUCUGGAGCUGCUGCUCACCAACUGCCGGGCCGACGAGCUGACGCUGUGGAGCCGGUAUCCGGCCGCCCAUCAGGCCAUUUUGGGCCUGCUCGUGGUGCACUGCCAGGCGAACCACAACUUCCGCACCAACUCCAGCCUGCUGCGCGACCAGGAGCUGGCGGCGGAGAACACCUCGCCGACGGCCAAUAGCUUUGCCAGCAUUCUCCGCUUUCUAAACUCGGUGCUGGAACAAGCUGGCCAGCUGGCCGCCCAUAACCUGAGGCUACUGCUGCAGUGGACGCAGCAGCUCCUCAGUGAGUGUCGCGAGAAGGCCGAUCUGCUCCUGGAGCAGGAGCACUUCGUGGGCAUUUGUCGGCACAUGGCAGCAGCCGCCUCCAAGUGGACGCCCCUGGAGAGUGCGGCCUGCAUCCAGACCAUUUUGGAGUACGGCCCCGAGAGGCUGGGCCAUCUGCCCGAUCUGCUGAUCCUGUACCGCGACACGGCACUCCAGCAGCUGCAGGUGCUCUCCCCGAACGGCCAUGCACCCUAUGCCCAGAUCUAUGCCCAGUUGCCCCUCCACUUGACCAUCACCGGCAGUGAAUCAUUGGCAGCCGGCAUGGCGAGCCGACGUGUAUGCGUUUGGCAGCAGCGGAUGAGUCAAUGCAGCGCCGUGCGCGACACCGUCUUCCGGGACUUCUUCGAGCGCCUGCAGAGGCCGGAGCAGGAGUCGCUGACGCACAGUGUGCGGGAGCUGUUCGUGCGCAGCUGCCAGGUGGCGCCGCAGGACGAGCGGCAGGAGAAGCUGUCGCAGUGCACGAAGCGCUGCCAGCGCUUGGCCACCGCCUGGCUGCAGUUCGAGGCGGCCAGGUACUGUGUGGACCAGCGCCUGCGGACGACGCUGGGCAAGCCGCAGGAAACGUUCCUCGGGUUCGAGGCCAUCAUCAUGCGGCACGCCCGACUGCUGAGUGGCUGUGCCAAGGAGCUGGAGCGCUCCGCCCUGGAUAGCUUGUCGCUGGAGCAGCUCGUCAGCAUGCAAGGCAAUCUCGGCCUGCUGCUGGGCUUCCUCGACGCCCUCGAGAAGCUCAUCUACAACGCUGCCGAGGGCAGCGCCUUUGCCCUGCGUCCGCCGGAGAAGCCAGUGGCCGCCUUCUUCCGCCUGAACAACCCCACCUGCCAGUCGUGGUUCAAUCGCAUCCGCAUCGGUGUGGUCAUCAUCGCCAUGCAUGUGCAGCAGCCGGAACUGGUCAUACGCUAUGCCCAGCAAAUCCUGCUCACCCAGAAGACGCAAGAUGCCACCUACAGUCAGGCCAUUGUGUACCUGGCCUGGGCCUGGGUCAGUUGCCAGGAGGCGGACUCCCUGCGCGGCCUGUGCCUGUGGGCUCGCUCCAGGAGCAGCAAGUCCUACCAGUGGCUCUGCUGUGCCGCGGAUCAGGCGGCCGGCAAACUGGAAUCGGCGCUGGCCGGCUACCGGAGCAUUCUAACCGAGGAGGAGGAGCGGCAGCAGCAGCAGCAGCCGGAGCUGGAGCCGCACACGCGACAGUUUGUGCUGGCCCAGAUGAUGCAGUGCCUGCAGGACAUGGGCCAGUGGUCGCAGCUGGUGGAGCUGAAGCAGCAGCAGCUGACGCGACCCGAGGACAGGGAACUGAAUCCCUUCCUGCAGCGCAGCAACGUGGAGGUGAGUGCCCUGGAACGGCUGCUGGCCAAGGGAGAGGAGUCGUACGCUUCGUCCAUGGACGAGUUCGGCGGAGCCCUGCAGCAGUUGAGCCUGUGGCCCAGCGACUGGGACGGAUCUGGAUCUGGAUCCGGAUCUGGAAGUGGCUCCUCAGGUGGACGUGCCAGCUUCUCGACCGUCCAUGUGAGCCAGCGAACCGAGGACAUGGUGCUGCAGAAGCUGAUGGAGGACCGUUGCCUGCCCGAUCAGGCCAGGAACCUGCUGGAUGUGCAGUGGCGUGACAGCCUGCUGAACCCCAGCUGUGAUCAGAGAUCCUGCCGAGAGCUCACCCUUCUGCGGAACAUUGUCCAGGGUGUGAGUGGCGGCCAGGAGUUGUGCCUGCUGCCGCUGUCCGCGGAGAGGUGCCAAAGCCGCUCAAAUCCCAUAAACAGCGCCAUUUUAAUGCGCUGCCUGGCCUGGACGCAGUUGCUCCGCCAGCACUGUGCCCCCGGCAGCUGGGAAACGCUUUGCUUGGAUGCCGCUGCCACAGCUCGAGAGGAGGGAAACCUACAGCUCGCGGAGAACCUGCUGGCCCAGUUCUUUGGCCAGCCGCUGGAGGAGAUUGCUGCACAGUUUGGCGCACAGGAACAGGGCGUGCACACGGAGAGUCCGGAGUUGCUGCGUGGCUACAGUGAGCUGGUCAAGUGCCUGCAUGUGCAGCAGACGCAGUGCGGCGACCUCAGCUCCUCCGUCGAUGUGUGUGCUUCGCUCUGCCUGAACAUCCAGCGGAGCAGCCAUCACCCGGAAGUGGGUGCGGAUCUGUUGCUCAACCUGUCCGACUGGAUAGCCGCAAGGACGUGCAAUGGCCUGGCCACCGGCCAGUCGCCAGCCCUGCUCCAACUGCUGGACCAGCUGCCCGAAUGUCCGCUGACCUGUGGCCCGGCCAGCCAACCGCUGGCCAUCCCGCAGGCGGAGCGCCUGGUGGCCCGCCUCAUCCAUGCCAGCCUACAGCAGCGUCCCCACUGCGAGGCGGUGAUCGCGUACGGCAACUGGUGCUAUCGCUGGGGCAAGAAGAUCAUCGACAGCGGCUGUGUGCUCACCCAGGCGGACGUGACGGCCCUCGGCCAGGUUCUGGACACGGCUCAGCCGCUGGACAACGAGCAGCUGGGCGAACUGCUGCAGGCACUCAGCAUGGAGCAGCCGCCGGCCAACUGUGUGGAGGUGUGUCCGGAGGCGGCACGUGCCCGGGAUGACGAGGCGGCCAGGAACUGCCUGCGCCGGCUGAGCCUGCUGGCGGAUAAGUCGCCGGACGUGCUGGAUGCCGUCCUGCAGAUUUGGCGGCGGGCCAUAGCGAACACAUAUGAUUACUACAAGGAUGCGGCACGCUCGUACUUUCAGUAUCUCAGUUUGAAAUCGGGAUCGGUUUCGGUUUCGGGAUCGAGGGAAAAGUCAGCAGAAGGAGGAGGAGGAAAGGAACGUUACCAUGUGGAUGACAGCAAUCUGGUGACCACAACGCUGCGGCUGCUCCGCUUGAUUGUGAAGCAUGCCAGCGGACUGCAGGAGGUGCUGGAGCAGGGACUGCAGACCACGCCGAUAGCGCCGUGGAAGGUAAUCAUACCGCAGCUGUUCAGCCGUCUCAAUCACCACGAGCCUUAUGUGCGGAAGAGCGUGUGCGACCUGCUGUGCCGCCUGGCCGAGAGUCGCCCCCAGCUGGUGAUCUUUCCGGCCGUGGUGGGUGCCAAUCGGGAGGAGCAGCAGCAGCGGCAGCAGCAGCAACAACAACAGCAGCAGCAGAAUGCAGCAGUGGCGCCCAGCACGGAGGAUGCCUGCUGCUAUGGCUAUCUGCUGGGCGAGCUCUCCAAGCAGGCGCCCGAGACAGUGCAGCAUGUGCAGCUGAUGGUCAAGGAGCUGCGCCGCGUGUGCCUGCUGUGGGACGAGUACUGGAUCCACUCGCUGGCCCACAUCUACAACACGUACGUGAGCCGGGUGAGUGCCCUGGCCACCGAGUUCCGGGCCGACGACCACGAGGGCAAGAACAAUCGCUUCAACGUGUGGCGGCCGCAGCUGCUGGCCGAUCUGGAGGCCCUGGCCGCGCUCACCGCCCGUCCGGCGGAGACCAGCUACGAGCGCAGCUUCCGCAAGCGCUUCGAUGGCCCCAUACGCUCCACGCUGGACGCCCUGCGCACCCGCCGCUAUCCGGAGGCGUGGGACAAGCUGAAGCAGCUCUACCACAUCCUGCAGUCGAACAUGAUCCGCGGCACGGGCAGCACCCUCAAGAUGCAGAGCCUCAGUCCGGUGCUCUGCGGCAUUGGACGCAUGCGCAUCUCCAUGCCGGGCCUGGACGCCCAUGGGCAGGACGCGGAUCAGGUGUACAUCGAGAGCGUCGAGGGCUCUGUGUGCGUGCUGCCCACCAAGACGAAGCCCAAGAAGGUGGCCUUCUACGGCAGCAAUGGCCAGCGCUACACGUUCCUGUUCAAGGGCAUGGAGGAUCUGCAUCUGGACGAGCGCAUCAUGCAGUUCCUGUCCAUCUCGAAUGCCAUCAUGGCCUGUCGCAGCGAUGCCCCCGGCAACGGCUGCUAUCGAGCGCACCACUAUUCCGUGAUCCCGUUGGGCCCACAAUCCGGAUUGAUUAGCUGGGUGGACGGAGUCACUCCGCUCUUUGCGCUCUACAAGAAGUGGCAGCAGCGACAGCCGCCCCAGGUCACCGGAAAAACUGGGGCAGGCGGUGCCGUCGUCAAUGCCAAUGCCACGCGACGUUUCACGGAUCUGUUUUACAGCAAACUGUCGCCGCUGCUGGCCAAGCACAAUCUGCUGGUGAGCGAUCCACGCCGCCAGUGGCCCAUUUCGGCCCUGCGCCAGGUGCUCGCGGAGCUGUCGCAGGAAACGCCCGGCGAUCUGCUGGCCCGCGAACUGUGGUGCCAGGCGGGCAACGCCGCCGAGUGGCGGCAGUCGGUGCGGCGGUAUGCCCGCUGCAUGUCGGUCAUGUCGAUGAUCGGCUAUGUUAUCGGACUGGGCGAUCGGCACCUGGACAACGUGCUCAUCAACCUGGGCAGUGGCGACAUCGUGCACAUCGACUACAACGUUUGCUUCGAGAAGGGACGCACUCUGCGCAUCCCCGAGAAGGUGCCCUUCCGUCUCACCCAGAAUCUUGUGCACGCAAUGGGCAUCACCGGAAUCGAGGGUUCCUUCCGGCUGGGCUGCGAGUAUGUGCUGAAAGUGAUGCGGAAGGAGCGGGAGACCCUGCUGACCCUGCUGGAGGCCUUCGUGUACGAUCCCCUGGUCGACUGGACCAUCAACGACGAUGCCCAGGCCCUGCGACGAUCCCUGAACGCCAAGCAAGGAGCUGGCGGAGCAGCAGGUGGCCCCGGUGGCGGAGAACUCAAGUGCCACAAGAAGGACAAGAACAAGGCAAAGAUCCACGAUUGGGAUGCCAAGCGGCAGCACUUCCUCAGCAAACUGGGUGUUCUGCAAAAGUACUGGGCCACCAACAAGACGGACAUGAUGCUGCAGCUGCAGGAGAUGAACCACGAGGUGGGCAACCUGCAGGCGGCGCAGACCAAGCAACUGGCGGCCGAGCAGGAGCUGGUGGAGCUGAACCAGCGGAGCGCCCUCGUGUCGGAGAUCAAGUCGCUGGGCACGGCGAUGGAGAGUCACAGCUUCAACACGGCCUCGCUGCGUCAUGCGGUGCGUCGCGGGCACUCGGAGGCACUGGCCGCGCUGAGUGCCGAGCGCCUGGCGGACUUUGGCCAGGUGCAGUGCCUGCUGGGCACCUACGGCCAGUGCCUGCAGCCGUACCACCUGGCCGAACUGCAUUCGCAGCUGGUGCAGUGGCAAAUGGAGGCGGAGAACGAUAGUGGAUGCAUGGAGUCAACUGCCUUGGCGGAGGCUCUGCCGCUAGCCGGAUACGCGGCCAUGCGUGUCCAGUUGGAAGAGCUGCUGGACCGGCUGGUUGGGGUGGGCCUGCAGAGCUCGGAGCACCUGCAGCAGUAUGCGGCGGUGAUGAACUUCUUCCCGGAGCAGAGCCACCGGCAGAAUCUGUUCGUGCGCUUCCACGAUAGCUUCGGGGCGUACAUCCAGCACGGCGGGGCCAUGGACUCGUCGGGCAGCAAUGCCCAUUCGCCAUCCGGCUCCAUUAUCUGCACGGCCGACGUCCUGGGCGUGGCCGAUGCCCUGGAGUCCGCCUGGAUGCGGCUCAGUUGCCAGCUGCACGACGCCACGCAGCGGUAUGCCGCCAAGCAGGCGCAGGCCUUGACCCUGGGUGCCCCGCCCACUUCCACCCUGCUGGCCAUGAUCGGCCAGAGCGGCUGCAGCCUGCUGCUGCUGCAGUCCAGCUUGGUGCGCACCCUGGACCGAGCUGGCGGUGCUUUUGCCGCCUACGAACAGGUGGCGCUGGCCAGCCAGGAUGAGGAGCUGCUGCAGCACCAGCUGCACUUCAUCCACAUCGUGCGCUCCAUGUGCCAGGGUGUGCUGGCCCUGGCCGAGCAGGAGGAUCUGCAUCUGGGCCAAAUGGAGAGCCUGCUGGCGGCACUGUCGCAUCUGAAGCAGAUCUUCGAGUACGACCUGCCGGCCAGCAUAUAUCGGCUGCUGCUGCUGCAGCCCAAUCUUGGCCAGCUGAGUGCCUUGUGCCACCUGAGUGCCUCCAGUCUGGGGCAGCUGUAUCUGGAGGCCACGCUCGAGAAGGAGCAGCAGCCGGCGGAGGAGUUCCCAGCGGAGUGCAGAUUCCUUUUGUCGCUGCAGCCCGCCUACGAGCAGUUCCAACUGGCGGCCAGCUCCUUGGCCUCGCUGGUGCGGAGCGUCAAGAUGAUGCUCGAGGAUGCCCACGAUUCGCAGGUCCAGCAGUUAAUGGAACUGGGCCUUCUCAAGUCUUGCCAUGUGGAGCUGGAAGACGAGUGCUUCUUCGGACUGGUCAGUGAGGCACUGGAGUCCAGCCGCAGCUGUGAUGUACAUGAAAUGGCGCGACCCGUGCUGGGCCUCGUCCAACGCCUCCAGGCGGAGAGUCUGGCGGGUCUGCUGCCGCUCCUGGCGCGCAACUUCUACACCGCCGUGGGACCGCAAUGCCAGCCCACUGCGACCUGCGGCGUGCUGGGCGAUGCAGCUCAGGCGGAUCAACUGUGCGAGGGUCUGUUCAUCUCGCUGCAAUCGGAUGGCGGGCUGCAGCAGCAGCAGGCGGAGAUGACGCUGCUCAACCAGCAGCUGGAGCUACACACCCUGGCGGCAUCGGCCCAGUACUGGGCCUAUUCGGAGGCCCUGGGAGCCCAGUUGCGCUGCGGCCACCACAUCGUCAGUCGCCCCAAGCUGGCCGCCAUCGUUGGCGAGGGUUGGCAGGAGCUGGACCAGAGCCUGGCUAGCCUGCAGCAUCUAGAAGCUGGCCUGGGCUCCCUGGUCGGCCAGUUGCAGCCGCAGCGCAGCAGCUGGAAUCGCAGUCACAUCGAGAGCUUGCUGCGCAUGGAGCAGGGUCGCAGCCACCGGGUGGGCGGCCUGGUGGCGGUGGUGCGCCAGCUGGCGGAUGCGGCCAGUGCCGUGUCCCGGCUGGAGCAGCAUGAAGGAGCCCUCGGCGAGGAGGGGCGGGCACAGGUGGACCAUCUGGAGCAGUGGCUGGCCGCGCACGGCCAGUGGCAGGCGAGCAGCUCGCGGAUCAGCGCGGUGGAGCAGGCCGUGGUGGAACUCCUCGAUCCCGAGGGCGCCAUCGAUCCCUAUUGGCUGGAGAAUGUGCACGGAUUGCUGGAGGAGCACACGUGCAAGGUGCAGCGUGAGAUUGCGGCCCUGGAAGGCGAGCAGCAGAGCAAGCAUCGCUUCAUCUGCACUCUGCUCAAGGAGACUCUGCGUCUGCAGGACAACAUGCCGCGCUUCCAUGUGCGCAGCCUGUGCUCCGAGGCCCAGGCGCAGGGUCAGGGUCAGGGCAGACUGGUGCCCACCGAUGUGCAGCUGCUCGGCGGCCACUUGCGCGACUGCCAGCGCCUGUUGCAGGCGCUCUUCCAGCGGCUGCAGGACCUGCGCAAGGAUCUGUGCGCCGAGCGGCGAGGAGGAUCGCUUCAGCCCGCCGUGUUGCAAAGCUGGCGACAGCAGCUGCAGCUCAUACUGCUGACGGCCAGCCAGGAGGUGAACGAGUUCUUCAAGAGCAUGGACGACUUCCUGCAGCACGCAGCCGAAACGGACUCCUACGAGACCUUCACGCACUCCAAAGGUGCCAGCAAUCUGCACGAGCAGAAGCGCAACGCCUACGGCGUAUCCGUGUGGAAGAAGAUACGGAUGAAGCUGGAGGGCCGCGACCCGGAUGCCAACCAGCGCAGCUCCGUCGCCGAGCAGGUGGACUACGCCAUUCGCGAGGCCACCAAUCCCGACAAUCUGGCCGUGCUCUACGAGGGCUGGACGCCGUGGGUCUAGACCUCCACAGUGGUCGGCCGCAUUUUGGGCUUUUGACAUCACCACGCAUCACAACUCGGAGCGGAUAGACUACAUUCAACGUUGGGGCGACCUCUGGACCGAAUCGAAUCGGAUCGGAUCGGAUCUCUGGUCCUCCACCGGACUAGAAGCAGUCGCAUCGCACAGCCUGACGGCAGACCGACUCGACUCCCCAAUGAAGGCCGCGGCGGAACCAAUUUGGCCAACGCCGCCAAAUCCCAACCAAGUGUAGUUGCUUAAACGAUAGGAAACGAAAACGGAAACGGAAACGACCGACAGACAGAUGGACGCGGAGAUUUGUCGAAACCGGACCCCGUGCUCCCUCGGAUCGCAUUCCUCCGAAGUGGACAUAACGAGUAGCUGUCCGGAUGCCGGAUCGCCAGCAGCAGUAGCAGCUCACAUAGCUCCCGAUUCCCGAUUUCAAACGAUAUUGGCAUUACGACGUUAUCGGAGGAUUCAGAUUAGCAAUUUACGUUUUCCGGUCGCAGCCUUUUGCCACUCUCAAUCCUCCCUUUUGUUUUUGUACGACUUUUUAUAUUCGAUUCGAUUAUACUCUAUAUAUUCAAUUACGCCGUACCGGAUCUGUUUCAUUAUGUGUUAAGCCAAUCUUAGUUUUUUUUCCCCCUCUUACUUUAGUGCAAUAUCUGUAAGUGUGUAAGCCGAUUGAAUUGUGUCUCCAAAUUAUUAAAUCUGUAGCAAUAUUAAAACUCUAUAUAUACAAACCCCUAUAUAACCGAGAUAUCCACGCCGCCCGUUCUCGUUUUAGUUAUUUCAAUAAACGCAAUGCUGAAUACAAA